CCCGGGGCUGCGAAACACGAGGGGUGUUUCCCCCCACACACACACGCACCCGAAAUGCUGCAGUCUUUAAUUUUCUUGCGAGUGGCGGCUAUCUGUUCGCUGUUCUUCUGCUUUCCUGGCAUAAAGUGAUUUUAUGACAUGAUACUUAAAAAAAAAUCUCCCCGGAACCCUCCUGGUUUUGGUUUCUGAACAUUUAAACAGAUGCAUAGUUUCAUCUUCCUUUCCAUUUAUUGAUAGUUUCACUAGACCUAAACUUGCCGCUGUCUGGAAGCGCAUUUUGGAGAAGGGUGGCAGGCUGAACUGCAAGCUAAACCGUUUAUACGAGUCGUGAAGAAACAAGUUUUACUAUUUUUUUUCUUUUCUGAUUUACUUAGCAAGUUAUUUUGAAAGGUGAAAUACUGUUGCUAUUUUAAAAGGGUCUACCUCAAUUUUUUUUAUGAAUAUUUCACAUAGUGUAAAUAACCAGCAGUUUGGGAUUUUCAGAAAUUUCAAGUGGACUGUUAAGAAAUGAAGAUUUGGAUGUCAUGUACUGGAGUGCAAAAUUUUUUCCAAGCACUGAGCUUCAGUGUCAAAUACUACUCUAAGCAUAACCAUCUUCAGACAAAAUAUCUUUGUAGUCAAAUAAAACCAAAAAAAUGCCACAUCCUGGACUGCUCAGGAAAUACGUACAACAGCACUGUGUCACCUGGAAGCAUUCUACAAUGGAGAUACUUUUCCUGCAAGAAAGUGACAAAAGUUUCUCGCAAAGGAAAAAAAAAAACAUCUGCAUUAACAUCAGAGCUUUUGUACAAGGACCUUCUGAGGUCAGAGCAAGAAAACUGGAAUGAAAUUUCAGCGGGAUACAAAUCUAUGACAGAAAGAAUCAAGCAAAAAUUAGAGGGAUUGUACAACAAGUAUACAUUCAAUUUGAGCAGCCCAAGGAUUAGAUUUGGAGAAAAUGUGUACUUUGAAGAAAAUGGCUGCAUAUUUCUUUCAAAAGCAGAUGAUGUAGAUGAAGCAAAUGUUAAAGUUUUAUUCAAUACUGAACAUACUGGCUUUUCUGAUGCCCAUAUUCAACGGAUCAGAAUUUCACCAGAUCAGAGGUAUAUAGCUGCCAGCCUAAAAAGUGAAAAUUCUGAAGAGGCAACCUGUGUUAUUAUGAAACUUGAUGAUUUUCCUGUCAUAGAAAAAGUCAUUCCAAAUAUUUUUAGUUUUGAAUGGGCUACAAGUGAUGUUCUGUUUUACACAAGUCAGAAGAAUCUUAAAUGCCAGGAAGUGUACAUGACAACUUUCACUAAUGAGAAACAUACCAACUUAGUUUACACAGAACAAGAUGCAAGAUUUUUUGUGGACAUAUAUUGCACAAAGGACAGGCGCUUUCUUACUAUCAACAGCAACAGCAAGACAACCUCAGAAGUUUGGCUGGUUGACUGUAGCCAUCCUUUUAAGGCACCUGUUCUUGUACAAGCACGAACAAAAGGGGUCAUUUAUCACAUUGAGCAUAGAAAGGAUGAGCUAUAUAUUCUUACUACAUAUGGAGAGCCUGCAGAAUAUAAGUUGAUGAAGGCACCAGUAGCUUCCAGUGGCAUGAAGAACUGGCAGUUAUUUUAUGCCUUAGAGGAAAAGACCAAGCUAAUAGACUUGGAGAUGUUCAGUAAUCACUGUAUUAUGUUCCUGCAGCAUACUGGUCAUCUUUAUUUAAAUGUGAUUUCUUUUGUUUCUCAUUCAGUUCAGUCCAUCAAGCUGCCUACGUGGGCCUGUGCAUUUGAAUUGGAAUCUCAUCCUGAACACACCACCAGCACUUGCUAUUUUCAGCUCACCUCCCCAGUACACCCCCCCAAGCGUUUUGCAUAUUCAUUUAAAGAAAAUAAUCUCACUGAACAAGCUGAGCAAGAGGUACCAAUUAUUAAGAAUUGUCACACUACACGUGUACUUGCUAAAAGCAAGGAUGAAACUUUGGUGCCAAUUACAGUUUUUCAUAAUAUAAAUUCAAAAGAACUGCACAGGAAACCACUUCUCGUUCAUGUAUAUGGAGCUUACGGCAUAGAUUUGAACAUGAGCUUUAAAGAGGAAAAGCUGAUGUUAAUUGAAGAGGGUUGGAUUUUAGCAUAUUGCCAUGUUAGGGGUGGAGGAGAGCUAGGCCUUAGCUGGCACAAAGAUGGAUGUCAGCACAAUAAACUUAAAGGCCUGCAUGAUCUUAAGGCUUGCAUUAUGCUGCUGCACAAACUAGGAUUUUCUCAGCCAAAAUAUACAGCACUAGCAGCUGCCAGUGCUGGAGGAGUUCUUGCAGGAGCCCUGUGCAACACUGAUCCAGAACUUAUCAGAGCCGUGGUCUUACAGGCUCCUUUCCUAGAUGUUCUAAAUACAAUGAUGAAAACUCAUCUCCCACUGACAAUAGAAGAACAGGAAGAAUGGGGAAAUCCAUUAGCAGAUGAAAAAAGUAUGAAGUAUAUCAAAAACUAUUGUCCUUACCAGAAUAUUAAGCCACAGCGUUAUCCUUCAGUUUUUAUCACAGCUUAUGAAAGUGAUCAGCGAAUACCACUAACAGGAGUUUUAAGAUAUGUUCAGAAGCUUAGGAAGGCUGCAAGAGAUCACGCCAGCAGAACAGAAGGGAAAGGAAAUUGGAUCCCUAAUAUCAUCUUAGACAUCCAGGCAAAAGGCAGUCAUUGUGAUUCAUCUUGGGAGGAUUCACUAAAUGAGACUGCAAGACACCUUGCUUUUCUGAACAAAGAACUUGAUAAAGAAUAAGGUACUAUCUGCAACAUUACAUUACAUCGAAUCCUGCAAAUAGCUGAUUGAUGUACACAUUGACCACCUGAAAAACUUCAGGUCAGAUUUGUAUUUGUAUGUAGAGUGGAAAGCUCUUCUUUCUUCUUGGAUCCCUGCUUUCUGAGGAUAAGCAAACCAGAAAUUAAAAGACAAAGCUGUGUGUGGCAUUGACUUAUAAACAUACAAACUGUUAAAUUUUUCCUGUCAGAUAGUACAGAAGUAGCCUCCUGCAUUAGCCAGUUAAUUCAGGACAGUUCUGUUCAAAGCAAGGAGUGCAGCACAGUACAAACAGAGCUGUAGUGCAAAACAGUUGGUGCUGAAAACUUGAGAUGUGAAGAGAUAUACAUUGUACAGGCAGCCAUUCUGAUCUAAGAUUUCUGUUCCCAGAGAGAAUUUUACACAAGGCAGUAAAACUGAUUCAUAGCUCAGUGAUCUCUAAGCAAAGCAAUCUUGCAUAAAACAGCUGCAUGUUGUUUUAUUAAGGUAGAUGCCUAGUGCACACCUACCAUCAACAACUUGUACAAACUUCGGUAAUGGAAAACUUAUGUGGCCAUAAGGUUCUCAGACAGAAUCACAGAAUGGUUGAGGUUGGAAGGGACCUCUGGAGAUCAUCUAGAUGAUCUCCAAGCAUGGUCACUUAGCACAUGUUAGACAGGGUUGCAUCCAGGCAGAUUUUGUAUAUCUCCAGAGAAGGAGAUUCCACAACCUCCCUAGGCAACCUAUUCCGGUGCUCUGUCACUCUCGCAGUAAAGAAGUUUUUCCUCAUAUUCAGACGGAGCUUCCUGUCUUUCAGUUUAUGCCAAUUGCCUCAUUCUGUUGCUUGGCACCACUGAAAAGGGGUGGGAACAGAUCCCAUCCCAUCCCCUUGACACUCUCCCCCCCCCCCAAGGUAUUUAUAAAUGUUGAUAAGAUCCUCCCCCUCAGUCUUCUCUUCUCUAGGCUAAACAGGCGCAGCUCUCGCAGCCAUUCCUCAUAAGAGAGACGCUCCAGUCCUCUAAUCAUUCAUGUCUCUCUAGUACUGGGGAGCUCAGAACUACUCCAGUUGCAGCCUCAUCAGGGCUGAGUUGAGGGGCAGGAUCAUCUCCCUUGAUCUGCUGGCAAUGCUUUCUAAUGCACUCCAGAAUACCAUUGGCCUUCCUGGCCACAAGGACACAUUGCUGGCUCAUGGUCAACUUGUUGUCCACCAGCACUCCCAAGUCUUUCUCUGAAGAGCUGCUUUCCAGCAGGUCAGCCUCCAGCCUCUAUGGUGCAUAGGGUUAUUUCUCCCUAGAUGCAGGACUCUGCACUUGCCACUUGCUUUUGUUGAACCUCAUGAGGUUCCUCUCCGCUCAGCUCUCCAGCCUGUCCGGGUCUCUCUGAAUGGCAGCACAGCCCUCAGGUGGAUCAGCCACUCCUUCCAGCUUGGUAUCAUCAGCAAACUUGCUGAGAAGGCACUCAGUCCCCUCAUCCAGGUCAUUGAUGAAGAAGUUGAGCCCUGGGGGAUGCUACUAGCCACAGGUGUCCAGCUAGACUCCACACCACUGAUGACGACUCUCUGAGCUCUGCCUUUCAGCCAGUUCUCAAUCCACCUCACUGUCCACUCGUCUAACCCACACUUCCUGAACUCAGCUAGAAGGAUGUUAUGGGAGACAGUGUCAAGAGCAUUGCUAAAAUCAAGGCAGACAACAUGCACUGCUCUCCCCUCAUCUACCCAGCCAGUCACUCAUGGAAGGUUAUCAGAUUGGUUAAGCACGAUUUCCCCUUAGUGAAUCCAUGCUGACUACUCCUGAUCACUUUCUUUUCCUCCAUAUGCUUGGAGAUAACAUCCGGCAGGAGCUGUUCCAUCACCUUUCCAGGGAUGGAGGUGAGGCUGAGCAGCCUGUAGUUUCCUCGGUCCUCCUUCUUGCCCUUCUUGAAGACUGGAGUGACAUUGGCUUUCUUCCAGUCCUCAGGCACCUCUCCAGUUCUCCCAGACCUUUCAAAGAUGAUGGAGAGCAGCCUGGCAGUAACAUCUACCAGCUCCCUCAGUACUCAUGGGUGCAGCCCAUCCGGGCCCAUGGAUUUGUGGAUAUCAGGUUUACCUAAAUGAUCUCUAACCCGAUCCUCCUCAACAAAAGGAAAGUUCCUUUCUCCAGACUUUCUUCCUUCCCUCCAGGCUCUGGGAUUCCUGAGGGCUGCCCUUAGCAGUGAGACUGAAGCAGAGAAGGCAUUCAGUAAUUUUGCCUUCUCUGUAUCCCUUGUCACCAGGGCCCCCACCCCAUUCAGCCUCUUGUUGCUGACGUAUUUGAAGCAGCACUUCUUGUUGUCCUUGACCUCCCUUGCCAGAUUUAAUUCCAAAUGGGCCUUAGCCUUCCUCAUCGCAUCCCUACAUACUCUGACCAUGUCUUAUAUUCCUCUUAAGUGGCCUGUCCCCAAAACAGACCCUGUCCUUCCUUUGUAUCACAGAAGCCACUAAUGUAGGUGCACUAAAAGCAAAUCAAAACACACAAAUGAGUGGGACAUUCAGCAGAGUUGUUUCAGUUGCUUCUGAACUGCAACAGACAUAUACACACUUUAACUCCAGCCUUCGAGUAGAAAAAGAAAAAUAUAAGCAUGCGAAUGUAUUCUAAUUCAGCAUCGGGGGGGGGGGGAGAUCCAUUGGAAAUUCAGUCUUGAGAGCAGUCAGACAUCCUUAGCCAGUUUUUGUUUUUUUUCAUACUAACUUGAGGGUAUUCAGAGCUGCCAGGAGAGUUAAACCAUCAAGACUUUUACAUAUUAGUCUUACUAGCUUUUACUUAUUUUAACAAAUCCAGGACCACCCCUUUGUAAAACUCAUAGUAAAGCUACAAAAUUAAGAAGAAAUACAAAAAAGAAAAUACAAGAAAAAACUAAAUACCAGGAAUUGUAAGAAGCAGCAACCAGGAGCCAACUGUUUUGUUGCCCUCACACAAAAACACAUACUUCAACAGGCUGCUUUAUUAGGACUGGAUUACUUUUCUUCUCCACAGUCUCUAUGGGAGACUCUAGCCUGUGAUCUUUGCUCAUACAGUACUUUUUCCUUUUCAUCACCAACACAGGUACAAGACAGUUAGGUAUCAAAUUUAUUUUCUAGGCUGUUUAUUUUACACACAAAGGAAGUUUGAAAAGCCACUGAAAAUUCUAAUAUUCCACUAACAUUUCAACGUCUUCUAAAUUAAUAUGAGAGCUUGGUUAUUCUACUCUUGCACUUAACAGUUCACAUAGAGUAAAUUGAAGGCACUGGAAUAACAUGCUUUCUCUGCUACAAAACAAUUUUCUUGAAAAGCUUCCAUAGUAUGAACAGGCGUUUCUGUUUUAUAUUCAAGGACCAGGCCUUCUCCCAUUUCAGUUUUAAUUCUUUCGGUAUUGACAGCUUUACCAGUAUUGCUAAAAUUAGUACUUAGUCUUAUAAAAGCUUCAGAUGGGAGGUUAGGAACUAUAGCUUUCAGGUCUAUAGUUGAUUCCUGCCCAAAAUUGAGAACCAUCAUAAAGACUCUGUCUAACCCAUCUAACUCCCUCACAUACACAAAAACAUUACUGUCAUUCCAGAUGUAGCACAUCCAGCCCCGCUGAAUGGGUAGCUCACUGCUGCGAAGUGAAGUUAGCUCUCUAUACAAAUUCAGGCUCGAGUUGGACGAAGUCUUCUGUAUCUGCAACAAAAUCAUCACAGCCAUUAACAGGGUUGUUUCUUUCCACUGGAUAUUGAAAACACUAUCUACACAGUCCGUUUAGAGCAUACCUACUGGAGUGCAGUUUUGACAACUACAUCUCUUCAACUUUGUCUGCUAAUUUCACUGAAAAAGUGUUUGUGCUCAUGCUCUGCCUUAAGAUUUGGGUAGUGACAGAGACAGAGGCAGGCCAAGACAGACACUUUCAUUGACACUGCUUCUUCCCCCAAACUGACCCUUACAGUAUUGUUUAUUCGGCAGAAAGCCACAGUGCUCCCAAAGACUUGAUACUGAACCUUUCUCACCGAGUCUGAUCUGCUGAACUCACAGGAUUUAUUUCAGAUGUCUGGGACUGGUCAGCACUGUAGAUCAGUAAAGUGUUUGAUCCACUAGUCAGUUGCCUUGAAUUUUUUUUAUUAUUAUUUUCUUAUGUUAGAGAUGGUCUAUGCUAGUUUCUUGUUGCAAGGACAGUGCUUUCUAUAUUAUUAUAAAUGAAAAAAGACAAAAUUUCAAUUUAAUAUUAAAAUCAUUAAAGAUUGUUAAAGAAUCAAAUCGCCACAUCUACCAUAUAACUGCAGUUGUUUUGCUUAAAUGAAUACAGAUGAGGUAGACUCCUUGCUGCAACGAUUUCCUUUUCUAAUAAAAUUGUUAGGAUUCAGUGCCUUUUUAUUGUCCUCCCUUGGGUUUUUAUUAGCUACUCUGCCAAUUCCCACUAAGUAAAAGAAAGCAGAGCAAAACAGAUCCAUUUAUUAAAAUAUUUUUAGUCUAUUGGUUUGUCACACAUAUAAAUACCUACUUCAACAUUUACACUUUGAUAGUCAGAGUUAACAGGUAACCAGCUACUGUUGCCUUCAGUAAAGCCAGCAUUAAAUUUGCCAUCCCACUGCAUGGGAGAUUUUUCUGGAAAGGUCACCUAAAAAAAUAUAUAUAUAUAAAGUGAUGUUAGCGUCAUUACCAAAAAGUUACUUCAUUUGUUUAUAUUGAAAACUCAUCCAUUAAACUGAAUGUCCUCAAAUCUUCCACACCAUCACCACCUUAUUUAUUGUUUGUUUCCUUAAAUUAAGAUCUACCAAGGAGUAUGUAAUCCUGCUCCAAAUCUAAAGAGAGAUGAUGAGAAAACAAGAAUAUUGUCGGUCACUGAAAUGAAGGAGAAGAAUAGACGGUUAUGCCUAUAGCACUGCUAGCCAAAACGUUGAAUUCAUAAGUGAAUCUACUAGAGCUGCGUCCUCUUGCUAGAGGUGGUGGGAUAAAAGUUUGAUGACAACUACGAUAUUCCAGUAAAUACCUAAAUAUGCAGUUACUGAAAAUACACGGCAAUGAGUCCUAGGGAAGCUGUGCUGUAGCAGUAACAAUGUCCAAUUAGUAAACACUGUUCAGUGUCUGUUCUUUUAUAACUAUUACCCCUUUCACUUCAGAUAUGAUUUAAGCUUGUUUUUGCAAGAGGAACAAUUUGAACAGCAUUAUUUAUGUUUGAAAGAUAAAAAAAAAAAAUUACAACUGUGGGAAAGUGCAAGAACUUGAAAAACAGUUUUUAGCUGGUUAAGAAAUGUCGAUAUAAGAAGUCUGAAGUUCUCAUUUUGAGCAGUUCAGAAAAAUUUUGAAAAGUCUUCCUCAUUUUUAUUGAGGAGCUUGCCAAAAGAUCUGGCAUUUAAUAAUUUAAUGAUAUCAGAGAGCAUAAAAUAUUUUGCACAUACUUUGACUGUUUGUUUUCUGUGAAAAUUGUUUUUUGUAUAAAGGGCACUUUCCAAUACAAUCUGUCAGAACAGCAGCUCAACAAAAGAAGUUGUCACUUCACUUUGUAACAGUGUAAAUAAUGGGUUUCUCCCUUUAGUGUAUUCUGAAAAGCAGGAAAAAAAUAAAUCUUAAGUCUUCAACACUG